AUGUUGAAGGGUUUCUACUUCAGUUGGGAAUUUGUUAUGAGAUCUAUUUUGAUAACUUUUCUUUUCAAUUCUAAUUAUUUUCAUUUAUUAAUUGCAGAUUUUACUACAAUCCUUGAAUUAAAAUCACAAAAUUUUGACGCAAGAUUUGAGAAUACCUUUGAUCUAACUUCAAAAGGUUUUGAUGAAAGUCAAAUUAGUUUUGCCAAAGAAAUUUUGAUUGAUAGAUCUUAUACGAAUGUUGAUGAGGACGAAGAAAAUUUCUGGGAUAAAAGUCGGCAUGCUAAUCUGCAAUUAACAUCCCCAUCAUCUUUAUUUACGGCCACACCAUCGCGUCCAUUUUUUCCUCGCGGAUUUUACUG